CAGGCCCUGAUAUACCUCCACCAGGAAGGCGGAACUGACCUGCCCUGACCCAGCAGGCAGGAACAACUCAACACAUGGCUUUUCCAGCAAACUGCCUUGCAACUACCAGGUAAAUUCAUCAUCGGCGAAAAGAAACAAGCAGGACUUCAACAGCAGCCACCGCGUUUCGCCAGAGACAGCCUGAGCGUGCUAACGGCGCCAGCCAAGCCUCCCCUCUUCUUCCUCUCUCCUUGUUUUUCCUAUGUCCACGGCUGUUGCUUUUUUCCCUCCAUCUUUUUCCCUCAUCAGUUGCCCGCGGCCUCUCUCUCUUUUUCUCGCUCACCUCGCUGCCCCCCCCUGGCCCCCUGGUCCACGGGGACAAGGGCCCAUGUCCCCAUGUCUUCCCAUGGUGCGCGUGAGGUCCUUUUCGCUCUCUGGUCCCAUCUGACGACGCUAACAGUGGGCAUGAUCCCUCCUUAUCCUCCCACUGUGCUCACUCGGGCUUGGUCUCAGCAGCUCCAUGGCCCAUCAACGACUUGGAAUUCGUCGGCAUCUCCCUCGCGAGCCGCUCACUAUCCGCUAGCUAAAGUUGCUACAUUAGCUAGUAGAGCAAUGAUUAACACCAGAUGUCUCUUUGCUGAAUGACACUCACGACGGGCCACCCCGGCUGCUCCAGCGAGCGCCGUUCUCCCCCGUCGACCCCCCUCCCGUGCUCCCCCAAUCCGGACCAAGCUCGCCCUGGACCCCUGCCGGGAGAUACAAGAGACGGUUCCUUCGCGUACAUAGUACAAGUACCUACAUAUGCCGCCCAAGCGUGGUCCCCUCGGCCGCUUGCCUUGUCUUUUGCGCGUCCUGAACUUAUCUUGUCCCAGUCCCACAGGUUGAACUGCAUUUGCGGCGCCAGCUCUGCAGCCGACUGUCGAUUUGCGACUGGUAGAUCUCUCUUGUUUGCUGCUGCACGCCAGUCACCCUUCUUCCGCUUGUUCUACCCGUAUGUCCUCGACACCGGCUCGGCCUGACCUCUGCACGCUUUGGGGACCUCUGUCGGACCGGUAGGGCACACCACCCGUUCAUAUCCCGCCAGCAGUUCUGUCCGACGACUGCUCUGUACGCCGAGGUCUGCGGAUAGAGAGUGAGAGAGAGAGAGAGAGAAGAGGGAAAAACAUCGUCAACGGCGGCUAGGGGUUAACUAACUCACCAUACAAGCUUCUUUCCGCCCCCUUUUCGCCCUGCACUCCACCCCGUGCUGUCCCCGUCCAAGUCCCGGGUCUACAUCCACGACCCGCGCUCUGCUUGACCAAGAGACCUGCCGAACGACCACCCUCCCAACGCCUCUGCAGGAGCUACCCAACUAAGACUUCGUGAAAGUGCAACACCACUGCACUUCCGGCCUCCAUACCAAGCCUCUUGCGACCUUCCCCAGGCCAGGCCGCUGCACGCCCCCUCAGGAACCAAUUGCUGUCCUCGGCCCCCCGUAUCAUGCAUGUACUUCUCCUGAGAGUGUCUGUCUUGCGCAUCCUUUCCUGGGCGGACUGAUCCCCACACCAGCUAGUCACCACCCCGUUGCCAUCAACUGAGUGAUUCGCUCCCACUGAGCCAGUGCUUUCUGCUUGCCUUGACUUGACCUGCGCCCCCGUCUGGUUUCGUCUCUGUUGGACGAAGCCUGUUCUGUCAGAAUGCACAACCAGAUCAUCGCCUCGACGGGCAUGGACCAGGAAAGUCACUUAGCACACGAUAACAACACAUAUGGCAACGACAGUUGGGUCGACAUGAAUUCGUAUCACCACCAUCAUCAAACCACCAUGCCCGACUAUGGAGGGAACUAUGGCUACUCGUCCAUCCCGCCCAUCACUCACGGGCUACCGUCGGAAAAUUUGAACAGGAUGCCACCACCACCGCCUCCUCAUUCCAUGCACCAACAGCAUGCCUCUCACACACAGCUACCUAUGCUCAUGAUGCCUCAUCAUCAACCGACGCCUACCUGGCCGAGUAUGUUGACAAACCCAAACAACUACAGCCCUCACUCGGCCCCUCCGAUCGCCAUACCUCCCAUCACUACACCGCUCAAGACGACGAAGCUUCCAGCGAUUCAGACCACCACCUCCCAACCGAGAAAGACCUUGACGGACGAUGACCGCCGCGCCAUGUGCCAGUAUGCCAAGGACCACCCCAACGCGAAGCAGACUGACAUCGGCCAGCGCUUUGGCGUGGAGAGGAGUACCGUCUCCAAGGUCCUGAGACACAAGGACAAAUACCUGAACUCGGAGGAUCGGAGCAGUUCACCUAUCAAGCGUGGCAAAGGAAAGGGAGCAGACAUUGAAAAGGCGCUGACGGCCUUCCUUCGUAAUGCUCGAAAGGAAGGCAAAACUCUGACUACCGAAGAGGUCAAGGAGAAGGCCCAGUCGUUUUCUAUGGUCGGCGGUGGUGACUCCUUUACGGAGCACAACAGCUCGGCUUGGCUGGAAAAGUUCAUGCUCAAGCAUGGCAUGGGCCCCGGGAGACUGAUGCGCCGGGCGUCAGAAACCAACAUUUUGGACAGUAGACGCAACUCGCCAGCGUUGAGUGCUUCCCAGCCAUCAAGCGCCAUUUCCCCAGCGUCUCCAGCCGGUCACCUGUCACCAUCACCCUUGUCCGCAAACAAGAGCGACGAAGAAAAGGAAAGCAUGAACAGUUUCAUGGACUUUACGACCGACAAUGCCUACAAGCACACAAAUACGCAGAGCAAUGCAUCGCUAAACAGUGCUUACACCGACCAUGCCAACUCUUCCUUUUCUGGGAGCGCUCUCAGUCCUGCAGCUUCGUUUGGUUUCUCGCCGGAUCCCAAUACUGGCGGAUUUCCGCCUCCCGGAGCACCAGGUGGAGGUUUCCAACGCCCGCGAAGCCAGACAUUUCCGACGCUGGACCUGGAAUACAUGAACCAGUCUCAGAACACGGAGCCCCUGACGCCAAAGUAUCAUGUCUCAUCUACCGCACCAUCUUCGGCACUGGAGCCGCCAUCCGCCAACCCGUCGGGUGGGCAUUUCAGUAUCGAUCAGGCGAUUUCACCUCAGCUUCGUCACAGUACCAGCAACCAGAGUCUUGGUGGGAGAUCUUCAACGACUCCAGUUACGGCGAAUCCCUCGUCUCCCAGCUCACCCACUCAAGAGGAUGCAAGAAGAGCGGCGGAUACUCUUCUGUCUUUUAUCACCAACUCUGGUGGAUUUGCUGACCAUUCCGAGUACAUGACUCUGCUCAAGCUUACCGAAAAGCUACGUAUCCACCAAAUGCAGCUAGCAAAGGCCCAUGGCAUGGGAGGACUCUCGCGCAUACCCGAAGGCGACAGUGAGAUGACGAACACGACCUCUAUCAAGCUGGAACCGACAACUACCGCCUGAUACAUACCCAUUCGCUCUUCUUCAUUUCUUUCAGCAUUCCAUGGUGUUUUGUUGGUGCUAUUUAAGGUGUCUGGCGGAGGAGGAAGUGGAGUCGGCAGGCAACAUUGCUUUUGAAGUCACCAGGGGAUAGGAGUUGGGUCUCACAGGAGGAUGCUUUCCUCCUGACGUAAUUUUUGGAAAGGGCGGUGAAAAACACAAACGAACAACACUUCGGAAAACCACACACUCACAUACCACAUACCCACCUUUUUCUUCGACACAUCGACACUUAUAUACCCCUUUUGGCGUUGCUGAAUACCACUAUACUGUCACCCUCACCGGAAGACUAUACGCUCACGCGAAAAGCGAGGGUCACCAAAACCGACUCUCGCAUCUUUUCUUGUUGUCAUUUCCAUCUGGUCUUUUCUCGUUCGGUUUUGUUCUAGUUGAUUGGCUUCCGAUUACCCCUAUUUCAUUUGACUCUGUACAAUUACUAUCAGCAUGGUUUCUCUUCGGAUUUGUUUUUGAAUUUUUUUCUCUCUCUCUCACACACACACACA